AUGAAAUAUGCUACUUGCUUUAUCGUAUCCUUCCUGUUUGUAUUCUCAGUGCAUGCUUCCACAAGCAGUGAAUCAAAGCAGGAUGUAGCUGAUUCAGGUACAGAUCAAGUUCCUCCUAUUGGAUUUCCGCCCGUAAAGGUCCCUGCGGCUGCAGAUAAUUCCAACUUGCCACUGCAUGUUCAAAUCGACACAGAGGGAAAUUCUAUCAACGUAGAUCUCCGUUCCAAUGAUGCAGAUGCAUCAUCCUCUUCUCAAACACCAUCUGGUUUACCAGCCGUCCCAAGUCCUUUCAGAUCAGCUGCAACAAAGAUUUGGACCCUGUGA